AGCCCAAAAAUAAAUUGGUUUAUCGACAUUGUGCUGUCCAUGAUAUGGAGCUCCAAAAGCACCACAGUUCGGUAAAAAAUACAUGUUUUAAUUAAUAAUUAAAUGGCUAAACAGAAAUGGGUACAAUGGGUAAAUAACCAUUGAAAUGCAAAACAAAUAUAUGAAUAAUUUACUUAAAAUAUAAUUAAGCAAAUCUCACUAAAACAUUUAUUUUUUAUUUACAAAAACAUUAUUAUUUCAAUUAUUUGACUAUUUCUUUAAAUAUUUCAGCAUCAUGAGUUUGUAUUUCAUCUCUCAGCUUUGUCCAUCAAAAACAGUGGCCAUGGCUGACACUGAUGUGGUAAAGACGGACUUGAAAAGUCAAAGGCACAGUUCUAAUUCAAAAUUUCUAAUAGUAUUAAACAAAAUUGAAAUUUCAACAAAUAGACCACACAUAAGUGUGGGGAUAUGCAACAGCCAUCUAUGUCUUUUGCAGUGCCAUGCGAAAGUGUUCAUACGCUUUGAACUUUUUCACAUAUUGUCACGUUACUCCUUAUUGCAAGAGAAAAACCAUUGUCAAAAGAAAGGCAUAACAUUUUUUGUCUACACGUGAAGUUCACCCUGAACACACCAUCCUCAAAGCAAAGUAUGGUGGUGGCAGCAUCAUGCUGUGGGGAUGUGAGGACAGGAAAGUGAGGCAGAGUUCAUAGGAGAUACCUGGAAGAAAAGCCUGCAAAGGACUUAAGGUUCAUGUUCCAGUUCAACACUAACCCUAAACACACAGCCAGAGCUAUGGAAUGGUUUGGAUCAAAUUACAUUAAUGUGCUACAAUGACCCAGCUACAGUCCAGAUCUAAAUCCAAUUGAAAAAAAAUGCUGUCGACAGACAUUCUUCGUGUUAUUGUGAUUUAAAAAAAAACACAACUUCUCUAGGUGCUGAGUAACAGUAAUCUUCAUAUCAGGAAGGACAUUUUAACAAUGGUUUAUAAAUUACUCAUUGAAUCUGUCAUCACUUUCAAUAUGUUAUCCUGGUACAACUUUCUCACUGUGAAAUCCUGAAUCACAAAUCAGGCCAGCAAAAUAAUCGGAAAACCUCCCUUUUCUAACAGUACAACGGAUCUGUGAUCAGGAAGGCCACCAUGAUCACAGAAGAUCCUUCUCAUCCCCUCCAUCACUGAUUCCAGCUGCUCCCAUCAGGCAGAUGCUUUAAAGUCCCUGUGGCCCAGAAAACCAUUUACAGAAUGCCAUAUUUCGUUUGCAUUAUCUGCCUUGAAUACUUAAAAUAAGAACAGUACUUUUACACACUUUUAACAGUCCCCUUUUAUGUGUUUUCAUGUAUUUAAAUUUUUUUUUUAUUGUAUUUUAAGUGCAGGAAUGCUGUUGUUGGAGCCCUGUGAACAAAACAUUUCUGGCACCAUAUGUGACAGACAAUAACAUAUUCUAUUCUAUUCUAUUCUAUUCUAUUCUAUUCUAUUCUAUUCUAUUAAAGCAGACUAAGAAUUAUUUAUUUUGCAAAGAACAACAACCAAAAAAAAUCUGUCCCAAUGUGGAAAGCUGGUAGAGACAAGCAGUAGCUGCCCCAAAAGAUUAUUGGAGCUAAUUGUAGUAAAAGGUGGUGGAAAGUAUUGAUUCAUGGGGCUAAAUACAAACGCUUGCAGUAUUUUUCAGAUUUUUAUUUCUAGAAAGAAAAUCAUAUAUCCCUUUCCUUUCACUUAACAAUUAUGCAUUACUUUGCACUGGUCUGAUCUGAUGGUAAAAAAAAGUAAAAUAAAAUCUAUAAUGAAAAGGUCUAUUAUUCAGUAAUUGUGUGGUAAAUCUCACAAUGCCUAUGUUUCCCAGCGUGCUCAGUGUUCAAGGCGGAAGUGUCGUCAUGGAGAUGCUUAUAAAGCAGCUUCCCCGGUGGCUCAGCGAGCAGCGGGGUGAACCUGCCGUUGUUACGAUGGGUCAGUGACAGAGACAGCUCGCUCAGGAAUUUCCUCUAAGAGCUGCAUAACAACCCGAAAUGCAAGCCUACGGUCGACCCGCUUCAACAAUGUGACAAUAUGCAUUUUUUUGAAUAGACCUGCCGUUUUUUUUUUUUUUUUCGGACUUUAUUAUUCUUAUUUUUUAAAGAUGGAACUGGGAGCAAAAAAUUGACCCAGCGGUAUCCUUUGGGGUGUCGCGGUGAUCCGUCUUAUACUCUGCCUCGGAUGGCUCACCUCUCUCGGCGGGACGGUCGCUGCAGCCGCCGCAAUGAAAGAGAAUAACGGAGGGGGAAACGGAAUUACCUCUCAGACCGAAGAACUAGCUUUGGGUGUUUUUGUGGAUUGUGUUACAAUUCAGUGCAAUGGGCUGCAUCCAGAGCAUCAAGUGUAAGCCCAAGAGUUUCCGAGACAGUGUUAUCGUCCUGGAGCUGAACACGUCCAUCGACUCCAACCCCACCAGCAUCGACGAGGCGUCCAGCGUGGUACUGCGCUACCGGACGCCGCACUUCCGAGCUCAAGCGCGGCUCUUGGUGCCUCCUGUAGCGGCCAAAGAGACGUGGACCAUCGGCUGGAUCCAGGCGUGUAACCACAUGGUGUUCUACAACACAUACGGGGACAAAGGGAUGUCAAGUUGGGAGCUUCCAGACCUCCGAGAUAGCAAGAUCCAAGCAAUCAGUGACUCAGAUGGCGUCAACUACCCGUGGUACGGCAACACCACAGAGACCUGCACCGUAGUGGGGCCCACCAAGAAGGAUAGCAAAUUCACAGUUAGCAUGAAUGACAAUUUUUACCCUAGCGUCACCUGGGGAGUACCGGUCAGUGACAGCAACGUGCCUCUGCUCAGCAGCAUCCAACGUGACCAGAGCUUUACCACCUGGCUGGUUGCCAUCAAUCAAGCCACCUCAGAGACAGUCGUCCUUCGGACAAUCCGCUGGAGGAUGCGGCUUCACAUUCAGGUGGACCCAGAGAAGCCUCUGGGUCAAAGGGCUGUUUUAAAGGAGCCUGUGGCCCAGGAACAGCCUCAGAUACUGGGCAAGAAUGAGCCCAUCCCCUCCAAUGCAAUGGUGAAGCCCAACGCCAAUGACGCACAGGUGCUUAUGUGGCGGCCAAAGAAACGUGAUCCUGUGGUGGUCAUCCCACCUAAAUACUGAUCUGCUCCUCUGACCAGACUGGCCUUUGUUACCUACUCUAUUUCAUCUAUAUAGAUUUUUUUUUUUACCAUUCUCCGUUUUCACCACCUCUCAGUGCUUUAAUCCAUUUUUAAUGUCUGUUUUCCCAUGUUUUGCCUCUAUAAUCCUCUCCCAUGUUCGUAAAAAAAACACUGUCAGACAUGGAAAAGAAGCUAAUAAAACCACGGCAGAGGAAAGGACCAGAUGUUCCUUUCGAGGAAGGAAUUUACUGCAAUUAACUGCAACCAUUCUACCUUCAAAGAGGUCGGGUCACACUGUGCUGAAAUGCAAAAAUGAACAAAAGCAGUGUUUUAAUUUUAGUUUUACACUUUGGCUGUCUGAGCCAGUUGACGUAGACUGUGGGAGAGGAUGAGCAGCGAUUGAUCGUGUCUGCACACGUGCUGCAAAAACUGUGUACGAAUCCCAGUGGUAUUUCUUACUAUUAUUAUUAUUAUUAUUUAUAGGCUGGAAGAGAGUGCAUUCACUUGUGUUUUACCUUGUUUGGUUAUUUACAUGAAGAAUUGUAAUGGGUGACUUAGAUUUUAGUCAUUUUUAAGAAAUUCUAGACAUUCAAUCCAUGCUGCCUUAAGUUUACAUCACUUUCCAUUGCAAACGUUUUUGCCUUAAACAAAAGUGCAGUGCUGUUAUUUAGUCAUUUGUCCCAGUUCUUCCAGACUCUUGGUGCUGGCAUGUGUGGGGUUAGGACUGGAACCAGAGCACUGAAGGAAACCAAGUUUUAGAUCUGUCAUGUCUAGAGAAAUCCGGUGUCUACCACCCAGCAUCAUGAGUGGAAAUAGUUAUACAAUCAAACUAACUCAGUGUGUUGUGUUUCAAGUGCAUUAUGCAACAAAAGAUAUGCUCUGUGAAGUCAUUCAGUAGUACUUAGCACAGUGAACUACAGGAAAAUCUGGAGAAUAAUCUAGUGAGAAGCACAGUUGACCUCAUUUUUGUCACUUUAUUUUGCUAGAAUUGACUGCAUCACUCCAUCUCAGGGCCGUUUUACUUCCUUCCUCUAGUGUUUUCAUCUAUCUUGUCUCCCCAACGUCUUUCUACCACUCUAGCUAUAGUCAUGCUUAUAUUGAACAUAAAAUAACACAUCCUUUUAAUUUCUGUAUUAUUAAAAACAACAAUCUGUCUCUGAAGAAACUCUUCAUCUACAAAACUAUCCUCAACCUACCCUUUCUCACUUUUAUUUCUCUCUGCUGUCGAGGCUGAAAAGCAAAACAGGAAGUUUAAUGCCAACUGCUCGCCUGACAUAUAGAUGACCCACUUCUCUUCUCUGCCAGUCAUAGCUCUCGCUGCAUGCGGGCCCUGUCCCCCUUUAUUUCACCGCCAGCUAGAGUAACGCAGGCACACAUGCAUGAAUAAAGAGCUCUGGUCAGCUAAAUAUCAGUACCCAACAAGCCGAUGCUUAUUUAUCUGGAAAGCUUUAAGAGAAACCUGAAAUUAGAGCUGAAUUUGACAUCAGGAAUUUUCUUCUUCCCUUAAGUUGGGAAGUCAAAAACUGAUUUUUUUUCUUUAUGAAUUUGUAUUGAAUACAUAUAAGGCUUACCUGUUUGUAUAUUUAACUUCAUAUUUCAAUGCAACCUUGCUGAAAAUUGAACGAGAAGUGUGACAUUUGCCUCAUAUCAGUAUUCUAGAUCAAAAGCUACAGCCACUAAAAAGAAAUGUUGCCCUGAUAUUUUCCAAAAAAAAAACCAACAAAAUGCAACUGCCACUGCCUUUGAAGCUUAACCCAUUUAAUCUAAUUUGCAUAGCAUGCCAUAAUAGAAGCAUAGCUUCCUUUAUCUUAAGGCUUGACUAAAGUUAGUAUAUCCUGCCUUUACCUUUAAACAGCUGGGAGAGGCUUUGCCCACCCACCCUGUUACUCAAAACAGGAUAAAGUGGGUAUAAAAAUUAAAAAUGGGUGUUUUAAAAAAAAA